AUGUCUGCAAAUUUCCCCCCUCUGCUUCACAAUCAUCUCGAAGACAAACAUUUAAGAUGAAAAUAUAAACAAUGGAUUUAAUGCAAACAUGGGCCAGCUGUUGCCACAUGAGGGAAGAAAACAAGAGACACACGAAAAUUAGAAGCAAAGAAUUCCUCAAGUUGUUCUCUUCUGGGUAGCUCUGGCCAUUCUCCAUUCUUCGGAGACUUCAGCUAAGCACACAGAAGACUCUGACGUCACGGGGAUUCUUGGUUUCUGUCACAGUUUUUGGGUAUAAAAGGGGCAUCGCGUUGAGAAUUCAAAUCAAUUGCGAUUGGAGAAAAAGUCUGAGAAUGCGUGCCUACAUUGCAAUUACCCUUCUGGCCCUGGUGGCAGUGGUCGUGGCCCAAGGAGGUGGCGGUCGAGGACGUGCAAGUGGAGGACGUGGAGGACGCGGCGGAGGUGGACGUCGUGAAUUCGGCGGUGGCGGCGGUGGUGGUCGCAGCAUGGGAAGAUUCGGCGGAGGUGGAGGUGGCGGUGGAGAUGGCUUCGGAGGACCUGGCGGCCCAGGAAGCUUCGGAGGACCUGGCGGCCCAGGAAGCUUCGGAGGUCCUGGCCGAUUUGGCGGCCAAGAAGGCUUCGAUGGCGGCUUCGGCGGUCCUGGUAGAUGGGGUCCACGUCCUUAUCGACCAAGUCGCCCGAGACCUUGGUUCACCACCACGGAGAGCAGUUUGGUUGAAAGCACCACAAUUAGCACCGAUAGUUCCACCAGCGACAGCAGCUCCACUGACAGCAGCUCCACUGACAGCAGCUCCACUGACAGCAGCUCCACUGACAGCAGCUCCACUGAUAGCAGCUCUACUGAUAGCAGCUCUACUGAUAGCAGCUCCACUGAUAGUAGCUCAACCGAGAGCACCACCGGUUCGGAAUAGAUUUAAUGACUCACCCGCGGAGUACUAAAAGCUACCAAGAAUUGGGAACAUAAACUGUAUAUAAAUAAAAUCCUUUUGGCACAUUGAAACAUU